CCGGCUGGCUGGCUGGCUGGCUGGAUGGCUGGAUGGCUGGAUGGCUGAGUGACCGCGCUAGAAACAACCGACAACUUUCUUCGACUAAACGUGGUACCCGUAGUGACUUCUGACAGUUUCUCUCAUCGUUCGCUGGUGCACCGGUUGCGACCACUGGUCAAUACGCAAAAAUUAUCGCUCCGUCUUCUUCUCUUUCCAAUAAUAAUUGAUAUUCGUUAUAAUCAUACAAAUACAUAUAUAUUUAUUUGCAUCCAUAUACAUACAUAUACUGUGCGAACGAUAAUAAUAUAACAGAACAAACGGUCCUCGUAUCAAUUAUAAAUGUUACAUUAUUUAUAAAUAACCAAGUAUAUGCAUAAAGUGUUAUAUAAACUAUAUAUUAUACGUAAUAUAUAUAUAUCAUUAUGUACGUAUACCUACACCUACCUGCUGCACAACUCUUUCAAACUAAUUCACGUUGUACCAAUAUUGAGAGAAGCCUAGCUGCCUUUUCUGUGGGGGGUCAAGAAUAGAGGGAGAAAGAGGGAGAGGAAAGACCGCAAAGAGGAUAGAGAACUCGUGUUUUAGUUCAUCGGAAAUUUUAGGCACCAAACACCCGGCGUGGUGUGCAGGACGACGUCCCUAGUUCAGUUUUAUUCUUCUGAUACUUUUUAUACUCCGGUGUGUCGCGAUUGAAGAACAAAAAAAACAAGAAGAACAAAUAGACAAACAAAAUAGCAACAACAGUGAUUCUUUAUAAUCCCGGUUUAAAUUGAAAUUAUUUUUUUUCUCCAUUUUUGUGCGUGAUUUAUUUUCUUUCAUUUAUUCGCUUCAUUUGUUUUUAUUUCUGAUUUGUGAUUUGAAUUACCUAAACUUGUGUAUUAUACAAUAAUUUGAAUGCCUGUUCAGGCUGAUAAUCGAAAAACUGGACCUUCCUCGUCUUGGAGGGGUAACUUUGUUCUGCAGCAGGAGGAUAAGGACGAGGAUCGUUCACUUCCGGUCAAUUGUUGCAACGAUUUUGAAAAAGUCAUCGCAACUAGGGUUGAAAUGUCAGGAGAUUUAACAUCCGAGGAAGAAAGUUCUCAGGAUUCUAAUUCCGAUAAUGCGGUCAACUACGACGUCGACGACCUGGAAAUAAUAAAAACAAUCGGAACCGGAACGUUCGGCCGUGUCGUACUUUGCCGACAUCAAGGUCGUCCUCUUGCCCUCAAGGUGUUGGCCAUGGUUGAUGUGAUCAGAUUGAAGCAAGUCGAACAUGUUCGAAAUGAAAUUUCAGUACUUAAAGAAGUUAAACACCCUUUCAUCGUUAAUAUGCUUUGGAGCGGCAGGGAUGAAGCGAGAGUAUAUAUGGUUCUGGAAUUUGUCGCAGGAGGAGAACUUUUUUCAUAUCUAAGAGCGGCGGGUCGAUUUUCGGGACCAACUAGCUGUUUUUAUGCUGCAGAAAUAGUUAGCGCGCUCGAAUACCUUCACGGGAAGCACAUAGUUUACAGAGAUUUGAAGCCUGAAAAUCUUUUACUAGAUGGACAAGGACAUUUGAAAAUCACCGAUUUCGGAUUCUCGAAAAAGCUCACCGACAGGACGUGGACACUAUGCGGAACUCCAGAGUACUUAGCGCCUGAAAUAAUUCAAAGUAAAGGUCACAACAAAGCCGUCGACUGGUGGGCAUUAGGGGUUUUAAUAUACGAAAUGCUCGCUGGUUUUCCACCAUUUUUCGAUGACAACCCUUUCGGGAUAUACGAGAAGAUCCUCGGUGGUAGAAUCGAGUGGCCGAAGCACAUGGACCCGAUUGCCAAGGACCUUGUUAAAAAGCUUUUGGUUGCUGACAGGACGAAAAGACUCGGAAAUAUGCGACAAGGAGCGGAAGACGUUAAACGACAUCGCUGGUUCAAGCUCGUAGAGUGGCCAUUGGUGCCUAAGAGGGCGUUGCAGCCACCAAUUAGGCCAAGAAUUAAGACACCGUGCGAUCCAAGCUGCUUUGACGAUUAUCCGGAAACUGAUUGGCGAUCGCAACCUCCAUUACCGCCAGAACAACUUGCGUUAUUCAGAGAUUUCUGACGAUGUUGGUCGUCUUGUUAGAUGGUAUAAAUAUAAAAUUGGAGAAGCCAAAAACAAAACUUAGAAUCGCUAAACGAAGGGAAAAAGGUUGAAUUAUAUUUAGUAUUCGACAAUUUCACUAUUUUAAAUUAGUAGCAUAAUUUCGUAUACAUUAAUAUUACACUAUACAUAUACAAUUUUAUUUAUUCUGAUUCAUUUUUAUUUAUUUAUUCUUUCUGUAUUGUUACCAUUUUGUUUUAUUAUUUAUUUCUAUACGGUUGUUGUUUUUCAUUUUGUUAUUCGAGAACUGCGGGAUGUCUGCCUGAUAGAGUAUAACAGCUACACAUCUAUACUACAUACAUGUACCUAUAUGUAUAGUAGACGAAUUGUUUGAAAUCGAACAGACAAUAACAAAUUUAUGUAUUAUUUAUUAUUAGAAUCGAAUAAGAAAAUUCUCUCAUUAUGUACCGAGUAGAUAAUAUACAGAGUAGACAGCUCAAAUCUUUCAAAAAGAGAGAAAAAAAAAAUUCUGUCAAAUCAAACGAUACCGAAAAAACGUAUUUAGUUAAAUCUGGUAUUUUGUAUAUAAAUAUAUACGUAUAGGUAUGUAUUCCUACCUGAUUGUUACGUUAAAAUAAUGGUAUAAUGUUUUCAUUAUUAUCGACGACUGCUUUGUUAUAAUGUGUUAAAUACUCAUUCUUUGUAUAUAAAAUUAAUUUACACUAUUGCCGUAUGAUACUUGGAAAUAAGUAUUAUUACGAUAGUUAUAUGGUCAUGAAUAAUAAUAUUAUUACUGUUAUCAGAUUGUAUACAAUUGAUUAUCAUCGAUGAAAAUAAUUACGGGGAGGAGAAAAAAAUCAAGGGAUGAUUCAAUCCGGCCAACGAACUACGAUCCCAUAGAAACGCGAUGAAAGAAGAAAAAAUUGAAUAUGUAAAUGAAGACGAAAUUGAGAAAAAGACUUUAGAAUAUGUACUCUAGAUGUUGUAAUCAGA